UUAUUAUUGGAUGUACGACACGCGGUCAUGGCCGCCUCCUGCUCGUUAGUGUGCUGUGAAGAGGAAAGAGAGUCUGAUCAAGCUGUUAUAGUUCGCUUCUCAAAUGGAAACGUCAAAAAUGAAGACAAACUGGAUUUCACAAUGUACAAGAAUACGGACGAGAACAACCCCCGAAAAAAGAGCAGACGGAUCCUGGUGGCUGAGUCAGACAGGCUGUCUUAUGUUGGACAUAAUUUUGGAGUGGGGUCAUUGAAAUGCAACAGUCUGUGCAAAUAUUAUGUAGGGGUGUUGAACAAAGAGACCAUGCAAAUGGAAGUCCACAGUGCACAGCUGUUCAACAUGCAACCUGUAAUACCAGGAGAGACAACAGAGAGUGCUAAAUCCCAGGAUGCUCCUCAGUCCUACAGAGACAAGGUUGACUCAUUGAUCGAAGCCUUUGGCACCACUAAGCAGAAGAGAGCACUGAGCUCCCGCAGGCUGAAUCAGGUGGGCAGCGACACGCUGCACCAUGCAGUGACCAAAGCUGCCAACUCUGUGAUCGACAAGAAGGGCCUGGAAGCUCUCCAACAGGAGGUGGCUGAGACCGAGUCUCAGAACGACCUGUCUAUUCACCUUCCUCCCUGCGACGCCAACGCUGACGCCCGAGAGAACGUCUACCCGUUCGAUCAGCUCCUGAGUCCAGUGGAGUUCGAUGCUUUGGAGCAGGCUGGUUCCAAGUUGGCAGCACUCACCCCAGAGGAGCUGCAGACGAUGAGAAGUGAUGGAAGGUGCCUGUCUGUCCUGAAGCAUUUGGAUAACAUGCCGACUGCGGGUGAAUUGAGAGAGAAAACGGCUCGCUGCGCCUUCUACCUUUCUCUGCUGCUCAAACUAUCCAGGCAGAAGAGCGUCACCAGAAAAUUUGGACAGGAGGACAACUGCCCUCGCAUCAUUCAGAACAAGCUGAUGAGAAAUUUCACCGUGGAGACUUUCAACAAUGGCAGGGUCCAGAACAUCGUGUCGUCAUCAAUGCGAGCCAAGCUCGCCGCUUACUGCUUGGCUCUGCUGCUGCAUAUGGGUCACAUGACUGCCGAUCUGACGUUACUUCACCGUGAUCUGGGAAUUACUGAGGCCAGGAUUACUGAAGUUGCCAAAGCAAUGGGACUGACUCUAAUUAAACCUCCCCGGGCCAAAGACGAAGACGCUACCCUGCGAGAUGACCGCAAGCAGGCCACGCUUGUUCUGCCUCUAGUCAAAUACGAACAGUUCACUGAGAGACGGAAACGCAAGAAGAUGCACUGAGGAGCAAAAGAAGUCAGUCAGAAAA